CGCAGUCGCCGCUGUCGUUGUUGUCCAAGACACACAGGCGACUACGAAAAUAGCGUAACUGAUGUCAGUUCAUUCAUAACAGAGGAGCAGACUGUCACUGGGCGGAGAGUGCAGAACAACUGCGAGGUAAAAUGUCGAAAAAGAGGAUCACACAGGAAACCUUUGAUGCUGCUGUCAAGGAAAACAUGGAGGAAUUUGAGAUGGAUCCCGACGAGGCUUUGAGGGAGGCUGUGGAGCAGUUUGAAUCUCAAGGUGUGGACCUUAGUUGUAUAGUAAAAGCUGUUCCCAAUGGACCGUCUGGUGACAGUCAAGAGGACAAAAUACAUGAAGUCUUACAGGUUUUGGGUGCCCUCCAAAUCAAAAAAGACUCAGCCAGCGUGAUGGAGGUGAAAGCAGACAUUAAUUGCUUCACUGAGCAGUGCUUGCUUGGAUUUGCCCAGAGAUACCUAGCUGCCCAGAAAGAGGCCUACCCCGUCAUCCUCUCCUACUGCAAAAAGAGUGUGGAGGAGCAGGAAGCGGUGUUGUCUGUACUGUCUGCUCUGGCUGCACUGACAGAUGGACAGCCGGACCUGUUGGAUGCAGAUGGCCAGCAGUUCCUUUUAGAAGUCCUUAAGAAGUACCAGGCAGACUCCUCCGUGACAUGCGUUGCCAUCUGCGCCGUACGUCACUGCUGUGUAAAGCAUGAACAGAACAGGCAAGAUCUGGUUAAAGGUGGCGUCCUGCCUCUGCUCACUGGUGCCAUUUCACAGCACAGUGGAUGUGCUGAGCUGGUCAAGGAGGCAGCGUUGACUCUCAGGGUCAUGACCUUUGAUGACGAUGUCCGCGUUACUUUUGGGCAUGCUCAUGAACAUGCCAAGAUUAUUGUUCUUGAGCACAAUGGACUCAAGGUUUUAAUUCAGGCUGCAAAAGCUCACCUGGCCAAUACAUCUGUUCUCAGCGAGCUCUGUGCCACUUUGUCCAGGCUGGCUGUGAGGAACGAGUUCUGUCAAGACAUCUGUGAUCUGGGCGGAUUAAAACUCAUGAUGACAUUGCUUGCAGACAGCUAUGAGUCAGCGGACUUGGUACGGCAGGUUCUCAGCGCAUUGCGAGCCGUAGCAGGAAACGAUGAUGUGAAAGACGCAGUUGUUACUGCUGGCGGAGUUCAGCUCAUUGUCAUUGCCAUGAACAAACACAUGGGCAACUCUUCUGUGUGUGAGCAGGGCUGUGCAUGUCUCUCCGUCCUUGCUUUACGUAAACCCAACAACUGCAAAGUCAUCAUGGAGAAUGGAGGAGCCUUGGCUGCUGUUCAGGCUAUGAAGUCUCAUACUGAUACUGUUAACGUACAGAAACAAGCAUGCAUGCUGUUGAGAAACCUGGUUUCACGUACGCGUAACUUCAGCCAAGCCAUCCUGGACAUGGGAGCGGAGGCCCUGAUAAUCGAGGCAAUACGCACCCAUCGAGACUGUGCCGAUACGGGUAAAGCAGCCCUCAGAGACCUGGGCUGUCAGGUGGAGCUUAAAGAGCUGUGGACUGGCAAACAUGGAAGCCUUACCAACUGAACGAUGAGGAGAGCAUCACUGAAGAUCGUACACCCUUUCCGUUACAAAAUGAAAUGCAGUGAUGCUGGUAUAUCCUGUUUAUUGCCAAUAACUGAAGCAGAUGCACCUAGCUAGCUACACAUUUGUAUAUUGUAGUUUUGUAGCCUUGCAGACAUUGUGAACAUAUAAACAGUCACAUAUGAUACCUUCAUAAGACCAAAUACACGUCCUGUAAAAACUACCUUAAUAAUUCUGUUGUAUGUGUUUUUUUUUACUGUUGGAUGUUUUGCCACUGAAUAUUAAAUUGUGGUGUAAUGCGCAGAUUUCUUUUCCAGAGUCAGAUUUUAACAUGUUUUGAAUGCCUUACAGUUUACUAUGUGUUGUGCAUGAUUAUCAUAAAACUCACUUGUGUUGCUCCA